AUGGAGGUGAAGAAAGAUGAGAACAGUACUUUAUUAGAAGACCCGAAACAAGAGAUUAGUCAGAACAUAAAAGAAGAAGAACAAGAAGGAGAGAUUCUAAAGAAGAGAAUCUCAAGCCACCCUUUGUACGGGCUUCUUCUUCACUCACAUCUCAAUUGUUUAAAGGUGUGUUCCGGUGACUUUGACUCUCCGGAGAUGAUGAACACGGCGGAUGAUCUUUCACUAAGCAAACUCUCUCUCCACUCUGAUUCUUCCCCCGAAGCUAGCUCUUCAGAACUUGAUCAGUUCAUGGAAGCGUAUUGCUCGGCUCUACGGGAGCUGAAGGAAGCCAUGGAGAAGCCUCUUAUCGAAACGCACCGUUUUAUGGAUGCUGUCUACACUCAGCUAAACGACAUCGUUCUGUCACCUUCGUCACCUUAA